AGAACGAGCCAGCUUUUAGAAAGUAAGCAUCGAUACCCUUUAAAUUGCUCCCGCUCCACCUCAAACCCCCAGGUGCUAACAGCCAAGUGCUCCAGGGCCCGGCUGCCGGCGCUCUACUCGGACUUCCAACCGCAGCGGACACUGAACCCGGACGGAUACCAGGCCAACGUGUCAGCUUGGCGGCGUGCGCUCGCCCGGCUCGUGCGCGCGGGGCUCGCUCCGUCGCCGCGCGCCGCCGCCGCGAACCUGCUCGUGCUCGAGUGCGACGAGGCCCUGCUGCGCGCCCUCGAGUCGAAGCAGUACGGCCGCCCGCUGGCCCUCGGCGCCGUGGUGCGCGAGGCCCUCGCCGCCCAGGACCUGGUGCCGCUGCGCGACUUCCUCACCACCCGCGAGAGCAUCUACGCCAGACGCGGCAACGGCGGCGCUGGCAGCUCGUGGUCCGUAUGGGGCCUGGCCGCCUGGACCAUGAGGCAGAUCGGCGUGGCCGACUUGUCUCUACCGUCGCUAAUGGGGAAGGGGGAAGGGGGUGAGACGCUGCCGGCCGGGCAGUUCGUUGUCGUCGCCAACGUGGAGGAAACGGCCCAGCGGUUCGGCGAGCAGAGCGAAGGGCUGCAGUCGCGUUUCGAGCGCACCUUCUCUAGGGCGCACUUCUACAAGACGUUCAAUGGCCAGCUCGCCGAGGAUGCCGCCGGGAGAAGCCAGCAUUUGUCCGAGGCGGAUGCCGAUGUCCUGCUGACGUUUCUGUCGCGGGAUAAGGGCGCCGUGCUGUACGACGGCAAGACGGUCAAGAUCAAGGCACCUGGCGAGGCAGCGUUGACCGCGAUCACAGACGAAGACGUGUCCAUCGCUCAGCUGAAAGAGCUGCUCGAGUACUUGACACACCAGACGGCGCUGCUCGGCAAGCGCGUCGAAGAGCUCACGGCGGCCGCCAAGGACGCGGUGGUCAAGAAGAACCGCGUGGCGGCGCUGGCGGCGCUCAAAUCCAAGAAGCUGGCCGAGUCGACACUCGAGCGGCGCUUCGCCACAGUAAACCAGCUGGAGGAGGUGGCGGCCAAGAUCGAGCAGGCGGUCGACAACGUGCAGCUGGUCAAGGUGAUGGAGUCGAGCAGCGAGGCCCUGCGCAGCCUGCACGCGCAGGUAGGCGGCGUCGAGGGCGUCGAGGACGUCGUCGAUCGCCUCCGCGAGCAGACGGCCGCCGCCGACGAGGUCAAUUCCAUCCUAGCCGAGUCCGCCGGCACCAUGGUGGUCGACGAGGGCGAGAUCGACGACGAGCUGGCCGCCCUCGAAGGCGAGGAGACGCGCAAGCUGGCCCAGGCGGAGCGGCAAAAGCAAGAGACAGAGCAGGCCCGCAGGGAAGCCGAGCAGACCAGAGAGGCCGAGGAGAUACGCAAGCGGCUCGACGCCGUCGAGAAGCUGUCUGCACAGCAAGAGCAGGAAGAGAGACGCGCGCCCGCCGAGGCCGAGGCGCAGGCGGCCGAGAGAUUGAUGAGUAGGAUGUCCCUAGACGAGCGCCCGGAACCGCAGGCUGCCACAUGACAUGAUAUGACAUGACAUAUAUUCUUCAGACGCGCUCUCUUUCUAAGCUAGCUCUGUUUUUGCUAAUCUCUUUGGCCGGCUCCUAUAGUUUGACGGGAUGGGUUCUGGUACCGUCCAUGCCAACAACGAUGUGUAAUGUCUCCAAUACAAAUAUUUUCGUGCCCACUUUCAUCAAGGCUUUACAACUCACUACCUGGGAAAAUACCAUAUUUUAUAGCGAAAAUUACCGCGUUUGCUGGCUGCACCGCUUUAAGCGCUGGCAACGUAGUCGCUAACGUCAACAUACUUUCAAAUAUGGUAAUUGCGUAUUUUCUUGGGAGUCUUCGACUGCCCUGACUACCCUAAUCGACAACCCUGCUGCAGGCAGUCCUGCCAGUCUGUUGCUUCCAGUACUGCAACCGCAAGGACCUUCUAGUAAGGGCUUCGCAGGCAACAG